AUGGGACUCAUCUUUGCUGCUCUGGCGGCGCUCAUGCUGCUGGUCGCCCCGCGCGGUGUCUCCGCGGCCAUCCACGCGGGCACCGAAGCUGACCCGUGCGAGCCGACCUCUGGCAGCGGCACGACCGCCGAUCCCUACAUCUUCAACGCGAGCGUGGACUUCUUCGUUUCGUCCACGGGGUACUAUGCCUUCGACGACUGCACCGCUGAGAGACCCGUGCUCAAGAUGGAGGCCGGGAAGGUCUACGACUUCCUCCAGACUGACGCGACGAACUGGCUGCACCCGAUGGGCUUCGCUUACUACGUCGACGGCGCCCACGCCAACAAGGACGAGCUCGAGCCCGGCGUGACCCCCCCUGGAUCGAGCUCGACGUGUGCUGCGUCCGACGCGUGCCAGAGCCCGAUGUACUAUGGCGGAAAGACGGGCUCGGUCUUCCUCGGGGGUCCGUCGUCGACGCCGACGUUCCUUUCCACGGCGUCCGAUCCCUACGCCGGAGUCUCGGACGGCGGGUUCGGUCUGGACGUGUACGAGCCGCAGUUCAAGGACUGGAGCAAGGCGGCGUGGUCGGAGAACAAGUACAAGGUCAGGUUGUCCGUCACGGACGCUGCCACCGCAGAGCUGUUCUACUUCUGCCACCUCCACGCGCACAUGAGCGGGCGGAUCCUGGUGUUCGAUGGCGGGGUGCGGCGGACCAACAACGGCGCCGGGAACGUCGCCGCGGACCUCCCAAACCAGACGGUGAGGAACGAGGAGGACGUUGUCUGCGGGUUCACGCCUGCGGAGAACCACGACGACACCCUGGGCCCGUCGGCGUUCGGCCUCGGCACGGGCAUGUGCGUAGAGAGGCACCUGUGCGGCUCCGAGGACGACCAGUUCCUGCGCUGCAUGGAGGCCAUCGACUGCCAGAUGGAGCACACCAUGCGCGUCAGGCACUCCGACGACCCCGUCGUGACCUUCAUGCGCCAGAUGAUCCCCCACCACCAGAACGCCGUCAACAUGGCGAAGAUCCUCCUCAGACAGGGCGCCGCCGCCGUGGCCAGCGCUGACGCCGCCCUCGGCGAGGACGCCUUCAUUGGGCAGAUGCUCGUCGACAUCAUCAACGGCCAGAACCUGCAGAUCCACGACAUGCACGGCUACCUGGCCGGGCUGAGCAGCGGGGAUCCCGUCGAGGUUCAAGACGCGGACUGCGCCGCGGACCUCAAGCAUGAAGCGGGGCUCGCCAAGGGCAUCUGGAUUCUGAUCGGGCUGCUGAUCGGGCUCGUGGUUCUCGCCGCCGUGAUGUUCGGGGCCUGGAUCUGGCACCGGCGCGUCAUCGGGCAGUACAAGUCCCUCGACGCCGGUGCGUUCGCCGGAGUCGCCACCACCGCCAAGGUUUAG